AUGACAUAUAGUUACAUAGUUACGCAGUCUCAAGGAACAGUGAUCCACUUUAACAAGCCUCAAGUGCAGGCAUUCUUGGCAGCGAACACUUUCACCAUCACAGGCCAGGCUGAGACAAAGCUGCUGACAGAAAUGCUACCCGGUAUGUUAAAACAUCUUGGUGCAGACAGUCUGAGCAGCUUAAGAAGAUCCGUUAAAACUCUGCCCACACAAUCUGUGGAUGGAGGAGAACCACUUGCUACUGGAGAGGAGGAGGAAGGUAAAGUUCCAGAUCUUGUGGAGAAUUUUGAGGAAGCUUCCAAGAAUGAAGCAAAUUUAACUGAGUCAACUUCUGAAGAUGAUAAAACUCAAAGAAGUUACUGGGAGCUGCUACUCCCAGUAGCAGGACUGGUUUUUAAAAUUCUGUUCAUGUCUCUGAGAAAAUCCAGAUUUCUAAUAUUUCUGAGCCCAGGCCCCUUGGACACAGCAACUCUUUUCAGUGUUUGCUUAGACACAAUUUGUUCUUUGAAGCUAAUUAAGCUGAAGAAGCCUGGGAAUAACGUUUGA